AUGCGCAUAGUCAAGGGGCGAUUCAAGUCUGGCUCUGUAUCUGAUGGCAGCUCGGACUCGGAUGCGAUUGCGCUCUCACCGUUGACGCCCUUCACCCCUCGUGUGCAACUCAAUGAGCGCCGAUAUUCUGCUCUAGCCAAAAUUGACAGGGCUCCAUUCUCGUGGUUCCAUGUCAAAGUGUGGCUCGUAGCCGGUGUUGGCUUCUUUACUGAUGCCUACGAUAUAUUCGCUAUCGGGAUCGGCGCUCUGAUGCUCGGACAUGUAUACGGAAAGAACGGGUCAUUACCUGGUUUGGUCGAUCUCGGCCUUAAGAUCGCAAUGCCAAUUGGGAACGUCUUUGGACAGGUUGGCUUCGGGAUACUUGCGGACCGUCUUGGUCGCAAACGCAUGUACGGCAUUGAACUCAGUAUCAUCAUUGCAUCAUGCUUCGCCCAAGCUCUUUCCGGUAGCAGUCCUGCAAUCAAUGCUACUGCUGUGCUCACCGUUUGGAGGUUCUGUAUGGGGGUCGGUAUAGGAGGAGACUAUCCCCUCAGCGCAGUCAUUACCUCUGAGUUUGCUGCUACUCGUUCUCGGGGGCGCCUGAUGGUGGCAGUAUUCUCGUCUCAAGGCUGGGGCAAUCUAGCCGCAAGCAUAGUCGCCCUCGUGGUCCUCGCGGCGUACAAGGACGCCAUCCUGUCUGAGGGUACCGAUAGCUUCGCAGCGAUGGAUGCGUGCUGGCGCUUCCUCGUAGGGCUCGGUUGUAUACCUGGCGUCAUUGCGCUUUACUUUCGCCUCACCGUCCCCGAGACGCCCCGUUUCACCAUGGACGUCGUGCGCGAUAUCAAGCUCGCCGUCAAGAACAUUCAGGCUGUGCUCUCUGCCAACGGCGUUCAACCUGGCGUAUGGGAGGUCGACGAGUCCCGCCGACCGUCCUCUCCCGUCGAUGCACCCCGGUCGUCAUGGCAGGACUUCAAGCAGUACUUUGGCAAGUGGGAGAAUCUGAAGGUCUUGAUCGGUUGCUCAUACAGCUGGUUCGCUCUUGAUGUCGCUUUCUAUGGACUCGGGCUCAAUACCUCCAAGGUAUUGACGUCGGGCUUGCUCUCGGCCAUUGGCAUCCAGCAGAGCCAAGAGAAAGACCCCUCCUCGGACUUCAACAACAUAUAUAACAUCACACUCUUUACCUUACUCAUCUCCGGAACUAGUCUUAUUCCUGGAUAUUGGGCCACCUUUCUCUUGGUGGAUCGUUGGGGUCGCAAGCCCAUACAACUGAUGGGCUUCGCAGUGCUAUUCGUUCUCUUUCUUGUAAUGGGCUUCGCGUAUGAUUCUCUCAUGGGUUCUGAAACUGGGUCAAAGGUCUUUGUUUUCAUCUACUGUCUCGCCAACUUCUUCCAGAACUUCGGACCAAACACCACUACCUUCGUCAUACCAGGCGAGGCGUUCCCGACACGCUAUAGGGCAACUGCUCAUGGUAUCUCUGCGGCAAGCGGCAAAGUCGGGGCCAUCGUCGCUCAGAUCAUCUUCUACUUGCACGGAGGCUCUAUCCGUCUGAUCUUGAGGAUCUUUGCCUUCAUCAUGCUCAGCGGUAUCUUCUCUACGUUGCUUCUGCCAGAGACCAAGUCGAAGUCGCUCGAGGAAAUAAGCAACGAAAAGCAGUCAGGAUUCAUUCGAGGUACCGAUACGUUUGAGCUACGCAAUGGAAUUGUUCUGAAGAAGGUUCACUAG